UCGGAUCUAAACAUUUUUACUAUCGGAGCAGACCAGGGAUGAAUGUUGUGUAAUUUUACGUGUGACUGUUGAAACCAUAGCGGAGACUGUCAAGAUGGAUAAAAAAUCCUUUGAAAUGGUGCUGGAUGAAAUUAGAAAGGCUGUCUUGACAGAAUACAAAUUAAAAGCAAUUGAAUAUGUACAUGGAUAUUUCUCUAGUGAACAGGUGGUUGAUUUACUGAGAUAUUUCUCUUGGGCUGAGCCUCAGCUGAAAGCAAUGAAAGCAUUACAGCAUAAAAUGGUGGCUGUUCACCCUGCAGAAGUGGUCAAUAUACUCAACUGCUUCACCUUCAGUAAAGACAAACUAGUUGCUCUUGAACUGUUAGCUUCAAACAUUGUUGAUGCACAGAAUUCUCGUCCCAUUGAAGAUUUAUUCAGGAUAAACAUGUCUGAGAAGAAACGGUGCAAGAGAGUACUUGAACAGGCUUUCAAGGGAGGUUGCAAAGCUCCUCAUGCAAUGAUAUCUUCUUGUGGAACUAUCCCAGGAAAUCCAUAUCCCAAAGGAAAACCUAGUCGCAUAAAUGGGGUUUUCCCAGGUACCCCUUUGAAAAAAGACGGUGAAGAUUAUACCAAUGAAGGCAAAGGAAUAGCUGCACGUAUUCUUGGACCAUCCAAACCACCUCCUUCAACGUAUAAUCCACAUAAACCUGUUCCAUAUCCAAUACCUCCAUGCCGCCCACAUGCAACUAUUGCACCAAGUGCUUACAACAAUGCAGGUCUGGUGCCAUUAGCCAAUGUCAUAGCUCCAGGUGUACCCCCACCACCUCCAUAUACUCCUAAUCCAGUUGGAACAGAUAAUGAAGACCUUUCCAACCAAUCAAAACCUACACAGAACCAAACUUUUGCCACCCCAACAAAUCAACUCUUUUCUCCACAUGGUUCUAAUCCUUCAACACCUGCUGCAACUUCUGUCCCUACUGCAUCCCCAAUCAAGGCAGUAAAUCACGCUUCAGCAGCCGCCAGCAUUUCUGGAAUGAACAUCCCGAACACCGUCCUUCCAGUGUUCCCGGGGCAGGUCUCCUCAGCUGUUCAUACACCUCAGCCAUCAACACCAAAUCCAACAGUUAUCAGAACCCCUUCAUUGCCUGCUACACCUGUUACUUCUGUCCACAGCACAACAUCUACCAUUCCUUCUGUUUUUUCUGGCCUAGUGCCAAUGCCAGGUCCUUCUACUCCUACCCCAGCCCCUCAGGCUACAUCAACACCUCGAGCCACUCCUGCUUCUAAUGAAACAUUUGCUUCUACUUCUACCCCUUUCACUAGCCUCCCCUUCCCUGCCACUUCUACUGCUGCUUCUACCAACAACCCCAAUUCCGCUUCAUUGUCAUCGGUUUUUGCAGGUCUCUCCUUGCCCUUAACGCCAACAUCCCAAGGUUUAGCCAACCCAACUCCUUCUGUAAUUGCCUGUGGUUCUGCUCCCAGUGUUGCCGGUUCUCUUGGUGUAAAUAGUCCUCUUUUGUCAGCUUUAAAAGGCUUUCUGACAUCAAAUGAUACCAGUUUAAUCAAUAAUUCUGCUUUAUCCUCUGCUGUUACAAGUGGCCUGGCUUCACUCUCAUCUCUUACUAAUCAGAACUCUGAUUCUCCUGCUUCAGCCCCUAACAAGUGCUACGCACUCUCAGCCAUCUCUGCCCCACAGCAGUCUUCCGCUCCAGGGCUAGUGUUCCCAUCACCUCUAGCCAAUACAACUUCCACCACCCCUACUUUGCCUGUGCAGUCUCCUCUAGUGACUGCUACAUCAUCUUCCACUUCAGUACCAGUUAGCUGUGGCUCCUCGGCUGCCCUUUCGCACGGCUCCCACCCAGCUAAUUCAGACCUCCAUAUUUCAUCUACGCCCGCUGUAACAACUCUUCCUGUAAUGAUCAAAACUGAGCCAACGAGUCCUACUCCCUCAGCCUUCAAGGGCCCGUCUCAUUCCGUGAACCCCUCCCAUAGUACUUUAGGUCUGUCAGGGACAUUGGGCCGUGCAUAUACUUCCACAUCAGUGCCCAUCAGUUUAUCCACUUGCCUUAAUCCUGCACUGUCAGGUCUCUCUAAUUUGAGUACUCCCCUAAAUGUUUCAAACCCUCUUUCCCUUCCUCCGCAUGGCUCCUCCACUCCCAUCACUCCUGUAUUCACGGCUCUUCCACCUUUUACUUCUUUGACCAAUAAUUUCCCCUUAACUGGCAACCCAUCUCUUAAUCCAUCAGUAUCUCUUCCAGGGUCAUUAAUAGCCACCUCAUCUGCAGCCGUCACAUCCACAUCACUCCCUCACCCAAGUUCCACUGCAGCCGCUCUCUCAGGGCUCUCUGCCUCAGCUCCAGUCUCAGCAGCACCUUUCCCCCUCAAUUUGUCCACUGCUGUACCCUCGCUGUUUUCAGUUACUCAAGGACCUCUGCCAUCUUCAAACCCCUCCUACCCUGGCUUCUCUGUCUCUAACACUGCCAGCGUUACCCCUGCUCUCCCUUCAUUCCCGGGGUUGCAGGCGCCGACUACAGUUGCAGCGGUCACACCACUACCUGUUGCUGCUACAGCGCCCUCGCCAGCCCCUGUCCUCCCGGGAUUCGCCUCAGCAUUUAGUUCUAAUUUCAACUCUGCUCUUGUUGCACAAGCCGGCUUAUCAUCUGGACUUCAGGCUCCUGGCAGUUCUGUUUUUCCAGGCCUUUUGUCCCUCCCAGGAAUCCCUGGAUUUUCCCAGAAUCCUUCACAGACAUCCUUGCAAGAAUUACAGCAUAAUGCAGCUGCGCAAUCAGCACUCUUACAGCAGGUCCACUCAGCUUCAGCUCUAGAAAACUAUCCAGCUCAGCCAGAUGGGUUUCCUAAUUAUCCUACAACUCCAGGAACAGCAUUUUCUUUACAACCAGGCUUGUCUCAAAGUGGGUGGCAGUGAAUAUAUUUCAACUUUGUAUUCUUCAGAGCAGCUUCAGAGUUGUCUAAGAAGUACAGUGAACAAUUUGACAACUGUGAGGUUGGCCAAAAGUCAGAAAAUGAGAAUGAAUUGCAUCUUAGGGUAAUUUUUUUUUAAUGGUUGCAUUUUUUAAUGGUUUUAAAUAUGAAUACUUCCCUAUGUAUAUAAGCUGACAAAUUGUAUGGCGCAUAGUAAUAAAAAAAAAAAAGUGUUCGGGGGCUUUUCACCUCUCAUCCUAUGAACUUUUGAGUUGUGUGUGAUCUGCAUAGGAAAAAGGAGGUUGAACUCUUUAGAGCCGAAUACAGCCUUAAAUCUGCUUGUAUAGCAUCCACUGACAGAAGUAGUAGUUGUGCCUCAGACAUUUGGAUUGCAUUUGGCCAUGAGGGAACUUACCACCCUUGGUAUGCACUAAUGGUUCCUAUAAGCAUCAUCGGAACUCAGUAUUCUGUGUAUUUGAAAAAGGGAACUUAAGACUCACAGUUACGUUUAAUUCCUGGUAUUAAUGGUCAUAUAUAUGUACUGCUGAAUUUAACUCAUUAUAUUUCUGGUAAGUGAAAAUGGUGCUUAAUAUAGUCUUCAGAGUGACAUUCAGGUUUUUUUUUAUUAUUAUUAUUAUUAAAAGUAUGUAUCCAGAACUAUUUCCUUACAGAAAUACAUGUAAGGUUUCUGAUAAUUUGCCUUUAAGACUUAUUUCUUAAUCUCAGCAGUAUCCAGAUAAGUGAGGGACACGUGACUGACUCUUGGGCCACCUCUAUUACUCAAUGUGCUCUGGAAGCUCUUGGUGAAUGUUUACAAUCAUGGGAUGUAGUAUUUUAUUUGUACUUAAAGCUUAUCUAAAAUAAUGAUGUGACAACAAAUAGGGAAGAUUUGCUCUGUUAGUAAUUAUACAGUGUGUACUCUAUUUAAGGAUAUGUGGUAGAUUAUAAUAAUUGAAUGUCUUUAAUUUAAGUAUAAUAACUGCCACAUUUGGGAAGGUGGGGAGUAGGGAGAAUAAUUUCUAAUCCUGUGAUUAAAAUUGCAAACAAUAGAAUCUGCUGUAGUACAUUUUGGGAUCUAGAAGGUUUACUUUUAUAAAGAUGGUGUCUGGAAGAUGUUGCUAAUGUAUUUUCCUUCAAUACGGGGAACAAACUUUUUAAGUAUAUUAAAUAUUCCUGGAUGAUUAGUUUUUAACAGUUUUUUAAAAUAAACUUUAUGGAUAUGACAGA